CAUCAGCAGCAGUUCUUAUUUCCUUUAGUUUUAGACAAACUGGGCAGAUAGGUUAAAAAUCCUUGCUGCUGACUCGCGUCGUUCUCUUAACAAGGCCUCCCUCUAUACUUAUUGAUGUUUAUAUCUUCAUAAAUAUAUAUUAACCACAGUUUACUACUAUUAAACACAGUUUGCCUCAAUUCUGCUGGAUGAAGAUAUUCUAGAUUUACUUAAAAAAAAAAAAAAGCUCUUAUUUUAGCUGCGAUGGAGGAAAGCUUCUCUGCAAGUGAUGCUGCUACUGGUGAAGAGGUGGAAAUGGAUUUACCAAGAAAUGAGGUUUUAACUGAUGCAGAAGUGGGUUGUAGUGACUUACCUGUUGUUAAUGCAACCAGUCCUGAUGUUGGUAUAUAUAUAGCAAGACCUUCCAGCCUGUUAAGAUCUUUGGAUGACAUUACAGAUGGAUUACUUGAUCAAGAUCAAGAAACCUUAAGUGAACGAGUUGCAAUUUUAGAAAAGAAAGUACAACUGCAAGGGGAUGAAAUAGUUUGCCUUAAAAGUGCCCUUGCUGAUGUGAUUCGCAAACUAAACCAGGUCCAGGAAUCUGGUAAAGUGUUACAAAAUAACAUUCUGCCUUCCAAGCCUGCAUUUAAGUCUGCGUCUCGGCGAGGGGAAAAAAAAGCAGUGCACUUAAGUCCAGUGGAAAGUAUUCAUAGCGCUCCCCACCGAAGUACAACUCCUCCAGCUAGGACAUCUCCGUCACAUAAAGCUAACAAUGCCAAUCUUAAGAAAUGGUCGUCACUAUCAACAACCACAGAACUUAAUGAUGGAAAUGUUAAACCGUUUAGGGCCAAACCUGUGUAUUAUGGCAAACUGCCGUCUCUUAGCAUAAAUUUAUAUGGAAGUGCUUCAUGUCUUUCAUCAAACCGUUUACCAGCCUGUCCAUCAAGGAAACUGAAGAGUAAGACAACAGAACAAAAAUAUUGUGCGGGGUCACCAACUAGAGCUGAAAAGGCUAAACCACCUCCGCAAACUCUUUCAGACUUCAAGAAAUGGUUCCAGCCAAGUUCAAAAGAACCAUUUUGGAACCUAGAUGAAGGCUACCUGAAAAUAUACUUGCGAGGCCGUCCUAUAAAUCUGUAUGCUCCGUCCAACGUUACUGAUUUCAGCACGACAAAGACUGUAGAACCUCCUUCUGAAAAACUACAACUUGAAUGGGUUUAUGGAUACAGAGGUAGAGAUUGCCGAUCUAACCUGCACUAUUUGCCAACAGGUGAAAUAGUGUAUUUCAUUGCAGCAACAGUAGUGUUAUAUAAUGUUGAAGAAGAAAUGCAACGGCAUUACUUGGGACACACAGAUGAUGUGAAGUGCUUAACAGUCCACCCUGAUAAAAUAAGAAUUGCAACUGGACAAGUUGCUGGUCAUGACAGGAGAGAAGGACGGAGAAAAAAUGUCACUUUUGCGGAAUCACAGACAGGUAUUGAAGACCAUCAGGCUCAAAAUUUGGCUGCAUUGAAGAUCCAGCGGAAAAGGAUGCCUCUUAGUCAAACAUUGCCUCAUAUUCGUAUCUGGGAAUCGGUGCGUCUUACAACCUUAAUGGUUAUUGGCAUUGGUGACUUUGAAAGAGCUGUAUGCUGUUUGUCUUUUUCGAAGCUGGAUGGAGGCCAACAUCUUGUUGCAGUGGAUGAGGCUAAUGAGCAUGUAAUCUCUGUGUGGGACAUCAGUAAAGAGAAGGCACAUAAAGUCACAGAAACUAAGAGUUCAACCGAAACUGUGCUAUCAGCUGAAUUCCAUCCGUCAGAGAAAAACACUAUUGUCACAUGUGGCAAAAGUCAUAUUUCAUUUUGGACUUUAGAAAGUGGUGCAUUAACCAAAAAGAUGGGAAUAUUUGAUAAACAUGAAAAACCAAAAUACAUUUUGUGCCUAGCAUUUGCUGAUAAUGGGGAUGUGUUAUCAGGAGAUUCUAAUGGGAAUAUAUUUGUUUGGUGUAAGGGAGGUAACCGAAUCAGUCAAGCAAUCCUUGGAGCUCAUGAAGGAGGGGUGUUUUCAUUAUGUGUCUUAAAGAAUGGUCUACUACUAUCUGGUGGUGGGAAAGAUCGGCGUAUUGUUGAAUGGGAUGGUAACUCUUACAAACAAACUGGCAAUCUGACAGAGAUACCUGAACAGUUUGGACCAGUAAGAACAUUAAGUCAGGGUAAAGGCAAUCUCAUUCUAGUUGGAACUACUAGAAACUGUAUUCUUCAAGGAACUGUAUAUCUCAAGUUUAACCCAAUUGUACAGGGUCAUACUGAUGAAUUAUGGGCAUUAUAUCCUCAUCCAACUCAAAAUCAAUUUCUUACUUGCGGUUAUGAUAAGCAUGUUUAUCUUUGGGACAGUUUAUCUCAUACAGUUGUCUGGAGUAAAGAAGUCAAUGAGUCUGCUCAUUGUUGCUGUUUCCAUCCAGAUGGUCACUUAGUUGUAAUCGGCACUCAGACCGGACGUUGGCUAGUAUUAGACCUGACCACACGAGAAAUUAUUACCACCCAUUGUGAUGGUUCUGAACAAAUUGAAUGUGUUAGAUUUUCACCAGAUGGUAAUUUUUUGGCUGUUGGGUCCCGUGACAACAGUAUAUACAUUCAUCAUGUAUCUGAGAGUGGCAGCAAAUAUAGCCGAAUUGGAAAAUGCACCGGUCAUUCCAGUUUUAUCACUCAUAUAGAUUGGUCAGUUAACAGUCAGUAUAUUCAGAGCAACUCGGGAGACUAUGAAGUUCUUUUUUGGACAGCAUCUACUUGCAAGCAGUUGAUUAGCCCAAAUGCUAUCCGGGAACUUGAAUGGCAAACCAGCACUUGUACUUUAACUUUCAAUCUUGCAGGUAUCUGGCCUGAAGGUGCUGAUGGUACAGACAUCAAUGCAAGCUGUCGAUCAAAUAGUGUAAAGCAAUUAGCAGCUACUGCUGACGAUUUUGGCAAAGUCAACCUGUAUAAGUAUCCCUGUAGCCAGCCUUCAGCUAAAUCACAUACAUACGGAGGUCAUAGCAGUCAUGUGACCAAUGUCGCUUUCUUACAUGAUGAUUCUCGUCUGAUCUCAGUUGGUGGGAAGGACAUGGCUAUUUUGGAAUGGAGUGUCAUCUGAAGCAACACGUAACAAUCCAAGAACUAUGUAGCAAAACUGAUGAAAAAUGCUCUAUAUUUAGUUGAAACUCAGUAACUGUUACAUUUAUUUCCCCCCAGCACUUGGCUGAUCUUUCAAUUAAUUGCAGGCUUUCUCUUUUCAUUGUCUAUAUCACUUUAUUUUAAAGUUGCCAUAGUAUUAUUAAUUCUUUUUUUUUUCAGCUGGUUUUAUUAAACAUAUCUUAACAAAAUUCGCUGAAAUAUCUAUGAAAAUUAGCUAUUCUAAAGACACCUCUGUAGUCUCUCACAGUGAAAUCCAGUGAGUCAUAAUUUCCUACAACUAAGAGCGAGGAAGUAACAGGAGGUUUUUUUUUUUUGUUAAGGACUUCAUUUUUAAAUUUUGGGAUUUCUUUGUUGAAGAUGAUUCCAACUACAGCUUCCAGAUUUUUCCUGGUUCUAUUUAAUAAAUUGCAUCCAGCAGAGCUAAAGUUAUGAUAUUAAUUAUGGAAAGGAUAUAUGCUGGCCCUUGUGGGGCAUUGACUUUCCUAUGUUGGUUACAUAGCUUUUUAAGUCUGAUGGAUUAUGUCUUGUCUAGAAACCAAUCUCCUGCUACUGCUGUUUAUAUCCAGUUUUAUUAUAUCUUUUCUCUCCAAGCUUCUGUGCAGCCUUGUUGCAAAAUGAAGAUAUUUUGACUCCUAUUCUUUAUGUUUGAGUAAACGCUUACACAGACAUGAAUAAUAUUAUAUUAUAUAAAAAUAUAAUACUUUAGGCAAUGCAUUUAAAAACAAGCUUAUAUUUUGAUUCAUAAACAGCACCUUAUUUGCAUGUAUACUUAGAGUUGAUCCCCAAUUCAUUGAGAUAAUCAUUCAUUUCAAGGAUGUCUAAAUUGUAAUGGUUUAACUGACAAUUCAUGCAACAUGUUUAGCAUCAACAUUCACAUUUUUUUCCUUUUCUUUCCAUCUUAAACACAGUCUUUCAGAAAUAGUCUUGUAAUAAACUUUCAUUUUGAUUCUCAUUUUACUGAAAUAACUUUCAUUUUAUAAAUCCAUUAACAAAUGAUUUUUGAGACAGAAAUACACUAAUUCAGACAAUUUCAUGCUUGGUGGUGGGGAAAGUAUUUUGCCUGUCUUUUUUUUUAUUUUAUUUUGUUAAUCUCUGAGAAAUAUGCC